AUGGAGCAAGCAGACCCAAAACAAUUGUUAAAUACAUCGUGGACCCUCCACCGUCUCUCCCCACUCCACCACGGGAAAGACAGCAAGGCCCUGUUGAAUGAUGAGAAAGCAUUGAAGAUAUACGCCACGCGUCUUCGCGAUCAUUUAACAGGCGAUGCUCUUGCGGGACUACAAACAAGCACCGCUACAGCAGAUGAUGACGCGCUCUCCAAAACAGGCGCUCUGAAAAAUUGCCUCUGGCAGCUAAUCGCAACACACGACGAUGAGUCCAGCCUCGCAUUCUCUGGGAUUCUGGUCACGCUUGAAUAUGAGAAUAUCGUCUACAAAGCUGCUCUCCUCGCCGAGCCAGAAUCAGAUCCUAGUCAUCGUGAAGGAUCGACUUCUCUCCCGCUCCUCUUAACCAGAUUCCCCACUGCGUUGCGGCAAACCUUCAUCUCGUUCUUAGCAACUAAUUUCGAUACCUAUUGUUCGAACCUCCGCUUUUCCUCUGCUUUCCUCUGCUCCGGCUUGGAAAUGUAUGUUGAUGUUCUGCACGCCAAGCGUGGAUCCGUCGAGGAUGCUAUCAAAGAGCUACAGCUUACGCUUGCCUUUUCGGCAUCUAUCGCCCCGGCUUUGAAGACUCUCAAUGUCAGUGUAUCGCGUGCUUCAUUGACAGCACUCCUGCGUGAUCAGUCUGCGUCGAAAUCGCGCACCCUGCAGCAGAAAUUGAAGAGUCCUUUCGUUGCCAAUCUUGAGGAGUAUCUGGGGACUCAUCUUGCCAUGAAGCUGGACCUGGAUGGGUCUUCCGAGAAUCAGGUCUCUAAGAAACAUGUCCGAUUGUCGAAGGUUGCGUGUGCUGCUUUUGUCCUUGGUAGUGAGGGACGCUUGAAGCUAGUUGUGGCUGGUGGUCAGGAAUAUGGGGAUGAGGCUGGGCUUUCAUUAGAAGCUAGUGGUGCCAUCAUUCGAUCUAUUAUCCAGAAGGCUGUCAUUGGAGACCAGGCUACGUGA